UGUUAAAGUGGACGGGAUCGAUCAUAAUUUGGGCCUUGAGGCGGGUCAGCAGUUGACAUUUUGACGCCGCCCCUGUUUCUCCUAAUGCUAGAUACAGCUCGAUCGCCGCCCUUUCGAUCAAACGAAAUGAGGAGCGCACUAGGGAGGAAGUACUGUAAAGAGCAUGUGUUAACGGAUGAACGUGAUGAUAUUGUGUGCUGUGGCUGGCUGCGGCGGCCUCCUUACCAGGUAACCUCCCACAUCAACCUCCCACUGACACCAAGACAGCCAGCUACACAAAGCCACAUGAGACUGCUUAUUCAGCAACCCCUGAGGCUCGGAAUCGUCAGCGCUCAGUCCAUCGUCAUGUAAUACUCGAUACACUCUGGAAAGAUUGAUCUACAUUGUACUCAGCGGACUGACCGCUAUGCUAUCGACUUGUAGAUCGGGUAACGCCAAUGGAGUCAACCAUCGCGCAAUGGCCACUAUCUAAGCUUCUGUCACAGACAUGUCGGCCCAUCAACGUGGCUAGCCACCACAGAUUUCAUAUGCACACAGAUCAUUUUCCAUGGCCUCUCCCGCCAUUUGGAAUCCUCCACACAUCUUUCAAGCUCACCAAGCUUCACAAACGAAAUGCCCGUCGGACCCGAGGGGCCUUGCGCACAUAUGGAUGACGGGAGCCUUGCGGCACAAGAGGGUCAACUUCACCUGUGUUGAUCAGUGCAGGGUCGGCGUCUUCGAGGCUCUGGAGCCCAGCGAGUUGCAUGGCUGUGAUUACUUCUUCUUUGAGGACUGUGCACGGUAGUAAAGUGAUGUACUACACCUUCUUUGCCGUAGUUGAGCGCGUACAUAAAGGGCCUACCCAUGCCGACACCGCUUGCGCCCAAGCAGAGAGCCUUGAGGACAUCCGAGCCCCUUCUGAAGCCGCCGUCGAUGAAGACUUCCAUAUGGUCGAACACUUCGGGACAUUCCUUGUGCAGUUCCAGAAGGACAAGAAUUGAUGCCGGCGCCCCAUCCAGAGCCCUUCCUCCAUGGUUGCUGACCAUGACUCCUUGACAGCCUACUUGCAUGGCAAUGCGGGCGUCUGCUGCUGACUGUACUCCUUUCAAAACCAGGGGCAGCUUGGUCUGCUGCCGCAGCCAUACGAGGUCGUCCCAACAAAAACUAGGGUCGAUGAAGGACCCUACAUUCCGAGCGAGACCAGACGUUUGGCUGCCGCUCGUCGCAGUAGAGCCGCUCAAGCCGCUGGCCUGAAACGUUUCGAGCUUCAGCCGUUCGUCGGCCUCUCUUUUUGACACGACGGGGAGAUCAACGGUGACGAAGAUGGCUUUGAUCUGCGGCUUCGAGUUGACGAGACGGAGUAACUCCUCGGUCUUGCUUCGGUCCUUGUUGAUGUAUAGUUGAAAGAAGAAGGGUUGGUCCUGAGGUGCAGCUUCCAGGAUCUCGGUCAAUGGAAAGGAAGCGUUUGUGGAUAUCUAGAACGGCGGGUCAGUCUCUGCCUGUGAUUCGACUUCCCGCCACGACUGGGCAUACCAUUUGCAAGAUGCCUGUUUCAGCUGCUCCUCGACUCAAGGCAACCUCGCCCUCUGGUCCUCCGGUCUUGCCCAGUCCGGCUGGCGAAAUGAAAAUUGGAAGGGAAACGUUGCAGUCAAGCAUGGUGCCCUUGGUGGACACUGUCGCCACAUUUCUCAAGAUCCGAGGUCGAAACCAUAUUCUUUGCAAAAGCCUCUGAUUGGCGUCGCGCGUAAUGUUGUCGUUUGAUGCUCCUGAGAUGAAGGCCCAACUCUUCUUGGAGAUUGAUUGUCUGGCAGCGUCUUCGAAAUCCUGCAGAUUGAUCAAUGCAUUCAACGGCGGCUUUCUCUCUGUGCGUUGAGGCGCUUUGCUCCUCGCGCCAGCGACGCCAGAAGGUAGCUUCGUAGCUGGAUCGAGCUGCCCAAGCUGUUCUUGCGGCAACAGUGUAGCGGUGAUCAGCUUCGGCUCGUGCACCUCGCCAUAGGCCUGGGAAGCAUCCCUGCCAGCGUAAGCAUAAAUGACUAUAUCUCUCGGUGAGCACGCUUCCACUACGAGUCCUUCGGGGUUUCUCACUAUCUGAACCUCCUGGAUGCUCAGGCGCAAAACGGGUCAUAUCGUAGACUUUCCCAUCGACCACAAUCCAGCAAUCAUUGACCUGAUUGUGCCUUUGCACCUCGGAUGCUGGGAUGGACGAUCUUCUUGACCCGUCCAUAUCUUCCAACAGCCAGACUGGGACUCGGAUUUUUCGCUAUCUCAAUAUACACGACAUCUUGCGGCUUGCAGCGAAGCAACCGCGAGCAAAGGCCUCAAUGUCCUAUGAGUUCCCCGCAUUCUCUUCCUCGGGUCUGUACUUUUCCUUCGUUGUCAGAAGAUUGGGGUUGAUCCGCAUGGACCGUGUCGGUAUACCGAAAAGGGAAGUCCGGCGAUGGAGAAGGCUGCUCAACAUCACAUAACACAGAGUGGUAUUAUCAUUAUCUCCAUCUUGAUAGGUGCAUACAUACCUAGGAUCUGUCUGCAAUGUAAGAGCCUUGCCUGACAUGAUCAACAUGAAAAGGAGGGUCCAGCAACCAGGCGCCGGGGUCUCCACGAGCUUGAGAUGUGGUCCCUUGUCCGCUGAUAUGGGGUGUUUUUAUCAAAUGUGGUCCGGAUCCCGGAGGUACCACACACGGUGCACUCCGUCCGCAUGGACUUCAUCCGCAAUGACUGGAUCCGUCCGGCCAGCGGAAGAAAUACUCGUCUAUCUAUAUGUUUCUGCAUGGACGAUGCUCGGCUGAAUUCAUGUCUCCCCUAAGAAGAUCCCCUCGCUGCUCAUACCACUUUUUUUGUCCAAACAGCGACUGAUUCCUCAGAACUCCAAAAUGACACAAGGACGGCUAUCAGGCAAAGUUGCCAUUGUGACUGGAGGUGCCAGUGGCUUCGGCCGAGGUAUCGCGACCAAAUUCGUCAAUGAAGGUGCCAAAGUCAUCAUUGCGGACCUGUCUGCGGCCUCUGCUGAGGCCGUGGCAAAGGAAUUGGGUUGUCAAUUCACCGUUGCCAAUGUCACAAAGAGGGAAGAUUGGGAGGCCUUGCUCAGGAAGGCCCAGGAGCAAUAUGGGGGUCUAGACAUCAUUGUCAACAACGCCGGAGCGACGUAUGCCAAUAAGCCCACCCACGAAGUCAGCGACAAGGACUUUGAACUCGUCAUGGACGUCAAUGUCCGCUCCAUAUACCUGUCCACAAGUGUUCUUCUCCCGUAUUUUCUUGAGCAAAAGAGGCCUGGAGCGUUCAUCCAAGUAUCGUCAACAGCUGCUCUCCGCCCUCGGCCAGGCCUCACGUGGUACAACGCUUCCAAGGCCGCAGUGAGCAAUGCCACCAAGACGAUGGCUGUUGAAUAUGGACCCCAGAAGAUUCGGUUCAACGCCGUUUGUCCCGUGGUUGGAAGCACAGGAAUGACACAUUUGUUUCUCGGAAAGCCAGAUACGGAAGAAAACCGAGCUGGCUUUGUUUCCACGAUCCCCAUCGGUCGAGCAAGAACUCCAGCCGAUGUUGCCAAUGCUUGCUGUUAUCUAGCAAGUGACGAGGCCGAGUUUGUUACCGGCGUCAACCUUGAGGUCGACGGCGGCCGCUGCGUGUAAUAUCGUGGCAGGGCUUUCCCGGCGACGCUUGCGCCUCAUGAUCUACUGCACAGGGCCGGGACUCAGCAUUGUCGUGGAAGGUUAGAUAAUCCUUAGCCAGCCAACCAUCGCGAAUCUUGAUUUCACGCAAUAGUUUUCUUCGUCUUUCAAGUUCGCCGAGCGGUCUGCAAGGCUGGAAGAGGACUUGAAUUGCAAGAGCAUGCCGUCGAAGUGUCCCUCACUGCCGUUGGCAAUAGAAACCCCGGAAUAUCGGAUCAGACCGCUUGAUUCCGGCCAUCUCUUCGCUCGAACCACGUAGGCACGAUCCCAGGGUAUACGCGGUGAGUCGUCUCUGAAUGAGGAGAGAGCGCAGGCUCAACGAUACCUCGACAUGUUAGACUUUGCCGCGGGGGUAAUCGAUAUCACAUCAGCAUAUUAUUAGGAAGGAUUUGUUCGCCGCAAGUAGCGUUGUCCAUGGGCCACCUAAGCUCGCCAGAGCUGGGAAGACUGUUGCUAUGAUGGCGGCGAGGAUGCUGAUCUCUUGUGUGCAAAGCAAGUAAGGACGGAAGAGUACCUUACGCAGGCACCGCUGCUGUCCACAAGCUGCUCGAUCAUGGAUGUCUUAUGUCAGCAAGGACUGGCCACACGUGACCCACCAGUACGU